AUGGCCUUGGGGAAACUGAGACUCUCAUCCUCUAUAUUAUUUGUAUUUCUGAUUUUGCAGAUUUUCUUAUCUGAGUACCAGAUGGUCAAGAAUCCUUGUCACAUAGAAAGAAGCUUCAAUCCCACAUAUAGAAAAGAAGGGGACCUAAUCAUUGCUGGAUUCCUCUCCCUUUUUGUGAAGGUAGAGCUUCAAGUGAACAAAUUUUUCUUCAAAAUGUGUCCCUUUAGGAUUUAUGCACUACCAACGUCAAUGUUCAAACAAUAUCACCAUUUCCUUGCUUUUCAAUAUGCUGUUGAUGAGAUCAACAAGAACCCCUAUUUGCUGCCCAACAUAACCUUGGGAUACCAGUUACUCAAUAACUUCCAUCUGGAGACACUAGCUGUGGAGAGCUCCUUAAUAUGGCUAUCAGGGAGAGGUCCCAUUAUACCCAAUUAUAGCUGUGAUACACAGUCCUAUUCUGUGGCUGUCAUUGGAGGGAUGUCAGCUACACUUUCCAUGGCCAUGGCCACCAUCCUCAAACUGUAUAAAGUUCCACAGAUUAGCUAUGGUUCAUUUGAUCUUCUACUGAAUGAUAAAGCUCAGUAUCCUUAUAUAUAUCAGAUGGGGAAAGAGCAAUCUGCUCUUCACCUGGCCUUCAUCCAAUUGAUGCUGCAUUUUGACUGGACAUGGAUAGGACUGCUUCUUUCUGAUAAUUUAAGAGGGGAAAGCUUCUUCAAUGAUCUGAAAGAAGAGAUGGUCAGGAAUGAUUUGUGUGUGACUUUUACGGAAAGAGUGCCCCAAAAUUUUAGAGAAAGCAAAGAUUUUGACCUAUUUUCUAGGAUUAUUUCAUCAUCAUCAAAUGUGAUUUUCAUCUAUGGAGAUGCUGAUUCCCUUCAUGAAUUUUCCACUGUAUUAUUAACUUAUAAACUUUAUGGGAAGUUGUUGAUUACCACAUCUUGGGAUUUUUCCAUUGAUACUAAUUUUGAAGGGUUUCCCACUUUUCAUGGUACAAUACUAUUUUCUCAUACCCAGAUGGAGAUUCCUGGUUUUACAGAUUUUGUAAGAAGCCUGAAUACAAGUGUGAACCCUGAGGACAUUUUCCUAAAAUCUUUCUGGGAGUCACUCUUUAGUUGUAGAUUUUCCAAAAGUGAUGUAGAAAUCUUCUAUCCUUUGUGCUCAAAAGAUCUUUCCUUCAGAGAUUUGCUUUACAUGAAUAUUGACAUGGCCCUUAUGGAACUGAUUCCAAAUGUUUACAAUGCAGUGUAUUUAGUGGCCCAUGCUCUCCAUCAGAUGCUCCAUUCUGAGGUAAAGGAGGCAUCAGAACUUGCAAAAAACCUAGAUCUUCCUUGGAAGAUCCACCACUUUCUGAAAUCCAUCAAUUCUGUCAAUAUUGCCAGUGACGAGUCAUGUGAGGAUGGAACCAAGCCAGCUGCUGAGACAUAUGAUAUACUGAAUUAUAAAUUCUUCCCUGGUGAGAUACAGACAAUGGUCAAGGUGGGUGAAGUGCAACCUCUUGCCCAGAGAUUCAUCAAGGAAGAAGACAUAGAUUGGCCAGAAGAUUUCCAUCAGACUCCAACUUCUAGGUGCAAUCUGAAGUCCCCUGGAUUAAAAAAGACAGCUCGUGAAAGACAGCCCACAUGUUGCUAUGCUUGCACUCCAUGUCCUGAAGGGACAAUUUCCAACCAGACAGAUGCAGAGCAGUGCCUGCAGUGCCCUGAAGAUCAAUAUCCUAAUAGAGAAAGAGAUUGUUGCCUCCCCAGGACUGUGACCUUCCUGGCCUAUGAGGAACCUCUGGGAAUGACUCUGGCCUGUGUUGCCGUCUGCUUCUCCCUCCUCACUGUGCUGGUCCUGGGGGUCUUUCUGAAGCACAGGGAAACCCCCAUAGUCAAAGCCAAUAACUUCAGUCUCAGCUACAUUCUGCUGGUCUUCCUCAGCCUCUGUUUCCUCUGCUGCUUGCUCUUUAUCCGCCAUCCUACCACAGCCCCCUGCCUGAUGCGCCAAACCACAUUCUCAGUUGUCUUCACAGUGGCCGUUUCCUCCAUUUUGGCUAAAACCAUCACUGUGGUUCUGGCCUUCAGGGCCACCAAACCAGGGAGCAGGCUCCGCAGGUGACUGGGAUCCACAGCAUCUUAUUCUCUCAUUGUUACCUGCACCCUCAUCCAAAUGUGUCUCUGUGGCAUCUGGCUUGGGACAUACCCUCCGUUCCUGGAGAUGGAUGUCCACUCUGAGCCUGGCUCCAUUAUCAUCCAGUGCAAUGAGGGCUCUCUCCUCAUCUUCUACUGUGUCCUGGGCUGCAUGGCCUUACUGGCCUUGGCGAGCUUCACCGUGGCUUUCCUGGCCAGGAACCUGCCAGACACUUUCAACGAAGCCAAGUUCCUGACCUUCAGCAUGCUUGUGUUCUGCAGCGUCUGGAUCUCCUUCCUGCCCUCGUACCAGAGCUCCAAGGGCAAGGCCAUUGUGGCCUUGGAAAUCUUUGCCAUCUUGACCUCCAGUGCAGGGAUUCUCACUUGCAUCUUUGCUCCCAAGUGCUUUGUGAUCCUUCUAAGAUGAGAACAAAAUAGUCUGGGGAUCCUUAAAAAGAAAGGUAUUCCCAGACAUGCCAGGUCUUUUCAAGUUAACCAAUUAGAGUCUAGGAACUCCUUUAAUUGGAAGCCAUAA